AUGUCCAGAAAUGACCAGUGGCUCCUCCAGCAGCCACAGCACCAGGCGGCUGUACUAACCGACCCCAUGUCCCGCACCUUUUCGCAUGCGGGCAAGGCCGGGGCAAGUGACGCGGCGUCAGUGCGCGCCGCCUCGAUCUACUCGUCGAGCUCUGCAGAUGCUCGCUCUGUAAACUAUAUCCCCCCGCCGUCGGCGUACCACCCCCGGCCGGCGACACGCAAGGCGAAUGGCCCUGCACUCAAGACCGUGCAUACGUACACGGGCGCGUCGGGCAAGCUGCUCGUCCAGCUGCAUACGCCGCCGCAGGCCCUGCCGACGUACAUGGGCGGCUCCAAGUCGCGUGGCCGCGGCGCCGUCGUCGGCCGUGUCGUGCUGCACUGCACCGACAAGGACAAGGCGAGCGAAGUGCGCAUCAAGCUCAAAGCCGUCGUAUCUGUACAUGUCCCCAAGUCGUCGCAGGCGACGGAUGGCGACAUGACGACAUUUUCGGGACUGACGCCAUCGAGCGUGUCGACGUCGACUCGCGAGCAGGUCCUGCUGCAGCUCGACCACCGGCUGCGUGCCGCCGACGCCAUGUUCCGCGUCUCGGACAAGUCUGCGGCGCAGGCGAAUGCGACAGGCAAGCUCGACCGCAACGGCCUAUACGAGUGGAACUUUACGUUUGAUAUCCCCGAGCAAGGUUCUGGCAAGAGCACGCUCCCGGUCGUCUUCCCCGGCGUCGGCGCGCACUACCCCUCGAGCUACGUGCUAGAGAGCGAUAUCAACCGCGGCAAGGCCAAGGAAGAGUGGGCGAGUGUCAAGUGGUACAUCAAGAUGACCGUCGAGCGCCCCGGGCUCUUUCGCUCGAAUGACCGGCUGCUCGUGCCGUUCAUCUACCUGCCCCCGCCCCCGGAAAAGAUCAGCAGCACGCUGAUCCGGCGGCAGGCGCUCUCGAUGCAGAUCCAGCGCGUGGUGCGCGCGGCGCACGGGCCGGUCGUCCUCCCUCCUGGCCUCGCCGAGCCGGCGGGCAAGUGGCACACCGAGUACUUCCAGCUGAGCCAGUCGUCGCUCGGCCAGCCGGCCAAGCGUUCGUUUGUCGAUAAGCUCUUUGGCGCAAACAAGCCCAAGGACGAGCGGUGGGCCAUCUCGCUGCCGAGCGCACCGCUCGCCGUCUUUCCCCUCCGCGCAACAAUUCCUUUUGUUCUCACACUGGUGCACAGUGCAGGGAUGCCGCUGGUUGUCCAUCCCCACGUCUUCCUUGUACAAAAGGUGCACCUACGAGCUCGCUCCAAUGCGGCGCAUACCCAAUACAUCUCGCAUGCCAAGGUCCUGGCAUCGCCCGCGACCAAGAGCGGCAUGCAGCAGUGGUUCGGCUGGGUGCAGUUCCCGAGCUGGUGCAGUCCUUCGUUCGAUACGCCGCUACUCUCCCUCGAGUACUUUUUGCAGGUGAAGCCGCUGAACACGGCAAUGGCCUCGGUGCUCACCACGAUCCCCGUGGGCCUCUACUGCGCGCCGCCGCGGCUGGCACAGGCGCGCGAGAACGCACACGCCCAGGGCCAGCUGCCCGCGGCACGGCCGGUGCCAGCGCCGCCUGCGUCGUCGCGCCCACCGAGCGUCAUGUCGAUGCCGAUGGCACCGGUGCGUCGCCCGGUAGACGCGAUGAGCGUGCACAGCGUCCAGACGCUGCCGCAAUCGUCGCCGCCGUCGUCGCGGCGCACGUCGAUCGCGUCUGCAGGCCGUGUCGCGGGCCGGCCGAUGCCGCCGCCGAUGCCGAUGGACCCGCACGCAGCCGGCGUCGCGGGCAUCGGGCGUGCGCACCUCCCAGGCGCCGAUCCGAGCGCCGCGCCGCCGCCUCACCCUGCUCUUCCCGAUCCCGGAGCACUACACAAUCCCUACGACGACUCGACCCCCGCGCCCGCGCCCGCGCCCGCGCCCGCGACCCCCCCGCGGCCUACACAGCCCGCAGCUGCGCCGCAACCAGCGGAGGCGAGCAUGCCGCAGCCUGCCGCGUAUGCAGAGUCGCUUGCUCCCCCGCCCGACGACGCGCCGCACGAUGCGGGCCCCCUCACCGCCGAGCAAGAACAGGCGUGGACUAUGGACAUUCUUGCGAAUGCGUACGACGACGAUGGCGCCGGUGCCUUUGAGCUUCCGCCCUCCUACUUUGAAGCGACCGGCAUCGAGGACCACGACGAAUAG